AUGGAAGAUUAAUUUUAGGAUCCAGGCAUGUGUCAAAUUCAUAAUAGACCAUUUGAGUGUUAUUCUUUAGAUGAAAAUUGCUUAAUAUGUCCUUCUUGUUUAAUGUUUGGUCCUUAUCAAGGCAAUAAAGUUUGUAGAAUAGAAGAGGCUGCUAAAAAACUAAGAGCGAAAUUAUCUGAAGCAAAAGAUUAAAAUAUUUUGCAGUACGAAAGAACAGAAAACAUUCUAUUAGACAUAAGACAUACUAAAAUUGAAUGCGAAGAAAAAAAAGCAUAAAUAAUGAAAGAAGUUGAAUUAACUUUUUCAAAUGUUAUUAAGGUUUUAAAAUAAAGAAAAGAAGAUGUUAUUAGUGAACUUGUUGAUCACUUUAAUUAACAGAUAGAAUCAGUUUAUGAACAAGAAUCUAAAUGGGUAGAGAAAUAAGAAACAGGAUCAGAGUUAGCAAACCUUUUAAAAGAAGAAAAUGAUUUAGUAUUAAUUUAAAAAUCAAAUUUAAUAUUGAAAGGAAUAGAAUCAUUGAAGGAGUCCUAGCAAUACAAACAAGUUAAAAUACUUAAUACUUUAGAUACAAAUUUUAAGGCUUCAAAAUUAGAUUCAUCUAUUAAAGAAUUUUUAAGAGAUUUAGAAAAAUUUGUUGUUAAAGGAGAAGUUAUUACUAUUUAAUAUAAAUGCUGA